CACAGCCAUGAGCCAUCUCAUCGAUAUCAGACCUCUAAUAGAAGUUCAAAGCGAAACUGAGAGAUGGCUAUGGAGGGCAGUUUCUCUUGUAUAACAUUCUUUCUCUUAAUGGUGUUUCUUGGGUUUGUUUCUUUUGGCGCAGAAGCAGAUAUCAAGAAGUAUCAGUUUGAUAUUCAAGUGAAGAAUAUAAGCAGACUAUGCCAUGCAAAACCAAUUGUGACUGUGAAUGGGAGGUUCCCAGGGCCUACUAUUUAUGUCAGAGAAGGAGACAGAGUUAUUAUCAACGUCACUAACCAUGCACAAUACAACAUGUCAAUACACUGGCAUGGAUUAAAGCAAUAUCGUAAUGGUUGGGCUGAUGGACCUGCAUAUAUAACACAAUGUCCGAUCCAGACCGGAAGUAGCUACGCUUAUGACUUCAAUGUAACAGGACAGAGAGGAACUCUGUGGUGGCACGCUCACAUUCUCUGGCUGAGAGCCACCGUGCACGGUGCAAUUGUGAUCAUGCCAAAGCCAGGAACUCCAUUUCCCUUCCCGAAGCCAGAGAGAGAAGAAAUUAUACUGCUCGGGGAGUGGUGGCACAAGGAUGUGGAAGAGAUUGAAAAGCAAGGGAACAACAUGGGUUUGCCACCAAAUAUGUCUGAUGCACACACCAUCAAUGGAAAAGCAGGCCCUCUGUUUCCCUGUUCAGAGAAACAUACUUUUGCAAUGGAGGUUGAAUCAGGGAAAACUUACUUGUUAAGGAUCAUCAACGCUGCACUCCAAGAUGAGCUUUUCUUUGCCAUUGCUGGACACAGCAUGACCGUUGUGGAGGUUGAUGCAGUCUAUACAAAGCCAUUCACUACUCAGUUUAUAUUAAUUGCACCUGGACAGACCACAAAUGUUCUGGUUCAAGCCAACCAGGUCCCAAGCAGAUACUUCAUGGCUGCAAGGUCUUUCAUGGAUGUUCCAAUCCCAGUGGACAAUAAAACAGCCACUGCAAUCCUUCAAUACAAAGGAAUCCCAAAUAGUGUCAUGCCUUCCUUUCCUCAAUUACCAGCACCAAACGACUCUGAAACCGCUUUAAGCUACAACAAGAAGCUGAAAAGCCUAAACACUCUGCAAUUUCCUGCAAAUGUGCCACUCAAAGUCGAUCGAAAACUCUUUUACACAAUUGGGUUUGGAAAAGAUUCUUGCCCAACUUGUGUCAAUGGAACAAAACUUCUUGCUUCAUUGAACAAUAUCUCUUUUGUGAUGCCUCAAAUUGGGCUUCUCCAAGCUCAUUACUCCAAUAUUUCAGGAGUUUUUAGGACUGAUUUCCCUGAUAAGCCGCCUAAGCCUUUCAAUUACACUGGUGCACCACUCACUGCCAGUCUUGGCACUACCCAUGGUACCAGGCUUAGCAAGAUUAAAUUCAAUUCUACAGUGGAGCUGGUGCUGCAGGAUACUAAUCUGUUAUCAGUUGAGUCACACCCAUUUCAUCUUCAUGGUUAUAACUUCUUUGUUGUCGGAACCGGGAUCGGAAACUUUGAUCCUAAAAAAGACCCUGCUAACUACAAUUUGGUAGACCCAAUGGAGAGAAACACAGUUGGGGUUCCCACGGGAGGCUGGACUGCUAUCAGGUUUACAGCUGAUAAUCCAGGAGUUUGGUUUAUGCAUUGUCAUUUGGAGCUUCACACUGGGUGGGGAUUGAAAACAGCUUUUGUAGUAGAGGACGGACCGGGACCGAACCAGAAUAUCCUGCCUCCACCGAACGAUCUUCCACAAUGCUAGCUUGUUAUUAAAAAAAAAAAAAAAAAACACAGGGGAGACUUUGUACAUAUGUGAAAAAACAGAGCAUUUUCUGUGUAUUUUCCUGCAAAAGUUGCAGGGGAUUCUUUUGAGGAUAAUAUCUGAAUCAAAAGAAGAGAUUGAAUGGUCAAUUGUAAUAAAAAGAUGUGUUUGAAGGGUUGGUUGAAAGUUGAACCCCAAAUGUAAUAAACUCCAUUGUACUAAUAUCUAUAUAUAUUGGUUUAUUCUUUCCUUA